AUGGAACAGUUGCGUCGACAGGUCCGCGAGUUGCAGCGCAAGAUGGAGGCGCGCGACGACUCCCCGGAGCCCCGGGACGCCCUGGCCACACCCUUCACAGAGGCCAUCAUGGCCGAGCCUUUACCUCGGGACUUCCGGUUCCCGACCAUCAAACCCUACACGGGGGCGACGGACCCGCGGGACCACCUCAACAGGUACAAAGCGGUCAUGAUGAUGACAGGCAUAAAUGACGCCAUCAUGUGUCGCAGUUUUUGCACGACUCUGGAUGGGCAGGCCCAGGAUUGGUUCGGGUCCCUCCCGGGGGAAUCCAUUCCCACUUUUGCGGUCCUGACCAAGAAGAUCCUGUCGCACUUUGCGGGCAGCGUACAACGGCGAAAGCAGUUCGCCGACCUAUGUUACCUGAAGCAAGACAAGUCGGAAUCUCUGGCGGAGUACCUGAGUAAGUGGAAGAAAGAAGCUAUGGGGGUAACAAAUUUUGAUGAAAGGUCCGCCAUCCCGUUUUUCACCAACAACCUCAGGUCGGGCCCUUUCCACAGCGAUCUUGUUCGGAAUGAGCCGAAGACCUAUGCAGAACGGAUGGACCGCGCCGCGCGGUACGCCAAUGCGGAAGCAGCAGAGAAGAGGAAGAAGGAGGAGGAGGAAGUCCGCGGACAGGGUGACAGGGCAUCUCACCCUCAAGAGGAUCGCCGCCCUCCCCGGUCGCGACGUGACCGAGGUCCCCGUCUAGCCCCGCUACGACACUUGACCCCGUUGACACAACCUGUUAGCGUAAUCCUGGACCAUGCCGAGGACAUGGGCAUCGUAUCGUUCCCCGAGGAAUGCUUAAAGAUUUCCCCCAAAGCCGACCCGAAGAAGUAUUGCCGCUUCCAUCGGCAACGUGGACACGACACCGACGAAUGUAUGGUCCUCAAGAGGCAGAUUGAGGAGCUCAUUCAACGAAGAUACCUGGGGCAAUACGUGAAGAGGUCUGGGCAGGACCACGCAAAAGGCCCUGACAACACCCGAAAGAAGAAGGAUGGCACCGGGCCUUCUACUUCUGCCCCGCGCAAGAGGGAGCUCGACCACCUCACGGAGGACGAGGGGACUGAGCCAGACAGCCCACCAAAGAAGAAGGUCAUCCAUGUCAUCUUCGGCGGCCCGGAGGGAGGGGACACACCCGCUGAGAGGAAGAAGUGGGCGCGGAGCCUAUACGUUGGGGAGGUCGUCAGAGCACCCCACGAGAAGAGGACACGCAGGGAGCCCAUAACGUUCACCGACGACGACCUCCCGGAUGGACCCUUACCCCACCGGGACGCAUUGGUAAUCCGCUUGGACCUUAAUGACACCAUCGUCCACCGGGUACUGGUAGAUACGGGGAGCUCCGUGAAUGUCAUGUAUUAUGACACCUUCACGCAACUCGGGUUAUCCAGGAAGCAACUUUCCCAGGUUCGGACCCCGCUAUCCGGCUUCACCGGAGACUCCAUUGAGACAGAAGGGUCCGUUAUCCUUAAAGCGCAGAUCGGUUGCGCCCACAACAUCAUCCUUGGCAGACCUGCCUUGGAGGACCUCAGGUGCGUCAUCUCUAUGGAGCACCUUUGCCUCAAAUUUCCUACUCCCAUCGGAGUGGGCACCGCGAGGGGGGACCAGAAGGUCAGUCGAAGCUGUUACUUGAAGGCCUGCCGCCAAAUAACGAAAAAGGACCUCCAGGUACACACAGUAACCGAGAGGGCCCUCCGGGAAGAGGAGAAGCGGCCCCGCGCCGAACCCGUGGUGGAGACGGAAGAGGUCAUCCUGGACCUCAGCCGACCUGACAGGAUGGUGAAGGUGGGCACCGGCCUCCCAGCUGACCUCCGAGGACGGAUUGUCGAGGUCAUCCGCAGCUAUAAAGACGUGUUCGCUUGGGGUCCCGAAGACAUGCGGGCCUCAGCCGGGAGGUCAUCACGCAUAAACUGGCGGUGGACCCCAAAGCCAAACCGGUCCAACAAAGGAAGCGCUACCUCGCCGCUGAUAGACGGGAGUUUGUGA